ACUGACAUUUUUAUUUCAUAGGUUAGAAUGUAGGCGUAAAUUUAUAUUUUUAAUAAACAAUUUAAUUUAAAUUAAUUUAAAAUGGCUGAAUCUACAAUUCAAGAGGGAUUCCUUUGCCCCAUUUGUCACAAGGAUUUGCGAUCUGCAAAUAAUUUAAUAUCCCAUUUUCAAGAUCUACAUUCAGAAGAGAAAGACCUACUUAGUUCCAUCAAAGGUAUUUAUGGAAAAGUUAAAAAGAAAAUUCUCACUGUAGAUGAUCAAGAUUUUGAACAUUUAAGAAAAGAAAUAUCCCUUCAAGAAAAAUAUUAUCUAGAAUACAGUGAACCUCAAGAUCCUGGACCUACAGUGUCUCAUACAGAUUAUUUUAAAUCCAUAAGAAGGGAUAGGCUAGAUCAUAAGACAGCAGAAACUAAUAAAUUAAUAAUUAGAUUAGAUAGGUUAUUAAGAGUAUAUGCACCCGAUAGAAAACAACAUGAACAAGAGUUAGUGGCUUGGUUAGAUGGUUCAGCAGUUUCUAGAUGUCCAUCUUGUGCAUCUUCCUUUAACAUAACAAGAAGGCAACACCACUGUAGAUUGUGUGGAAGUAUUAUGUGUAAUUCCUGUUCAUAUUUUUUACCAUAUGAUACUGCCCAGACAAUUGUGACACCUCUGAACAGUGGAAAUAGUAAAGAACAGAAUACCAGUAAAGAAUCUGACACAUUAAGGAUAUGUUACCAUUGUUUGGACAUGAUAGAAAGCAGAAGGCGCAUUCAAAUAGAGCAAGUUUUACAACCCAUUAUUUGUCAGUUGUACACACAUUUGCAAAAGAUGAAAAGUCAAAUUGAAACUUCAGUUGAAAUGUAUUUAAAGAUGUACAACUCCAUCAUAUCUGGAGAAACCACUUAUAUUUUACAAGAUCUUCAGGCUCUGAGAACUACAAUUGCAGAUAAAGCCCAAAUGAUCGAUACCCUCAGUAAAAAGAUAGCUUCACUUCCUGUAGAUCCAUCCACACCGAAAGCAGUUCUAUUACAAAAUAACAUUAGAAAAGCUACAUCCAUCUACAUCAAGGAUUAUUUAGUAACUUUGCCUCCACCUCCAACUCCUCAAGAAAUAGAGAAAAUGAAAUAUGAGAGGUCCAAAAAGCCCAUCGACGAAGAUAUUCCAGUGGCAAGCACAAGCAUAAAGAAGGUUACAGUUACAACAGGUUGGUCACCUGCUAAUGUUGCUAACGAUACUACAGUAACAGAAGAAGCUGAUCCUAUUUUAGAACAAAUGAAUAUCGUUAGAAGCUAUAUUAAACAAGCACGAGAAGCGCAGAGAUUCGAAGAAGUAGCAUCUUUAGAGGAAAAUUUGAAUAUGUUAAAGGAAACAUAUAAAAGAAGCAUAAACAAACCAUAAUUAUUUUUUGGUACUCUUUAGUUUUGCAUGAUAUAUAACUCAUAUUAUAGAAAUGUUACUUGAAUGGUAUUUAAAUAAUAUGGAAGGCAAAUCUACAACAUUAUAUCCAGUUUUGAAUUAAAUAUUAAGUUGUUUACAUUCCAAGAUUAAAUAUUCUUUUAAAAUAAAUAUUCGAUUCUC